AGUGUCUGUUGUUCAGCCCUAUGCUGCUUAUUAAAUAUCACUAGUCUGUGUUUAGACACAUUUAUUGUCUGUGGAUUAUAGGGCUGUCCUUACUAUAGCCCAGGAAUAUUCCUCUCUCACAUCUAGGGUACAGUUUCUAUUAACCAUGUUUGUACACACAGCAUUUUGAUCCGAAAUCCCACAUCUUUGUAAGAUACAGAGUUUGACCACAAGGUGGAAGCAGAGCAUAAAGUAAAUCAUGAUCAGACAUCCAGGCAUUUUAUUUGCGAAUCUUCCAGAAGUUUCUAGUCACGUGCUGAAUCCAAACAAACGGAUCUUUUUAAAUGAAUCUUUGAAGUGAAUCGGAUCUACAAGAGUCAUUUAAAAACAUUUCACAGCCUAAACUGGGCAAAUAAUAUUAUGGAUGUUGAACUGUGUUUUUUUUAUGCUGCAAACAUUGUGUAUGGGUCAGAAUUAUUGGCACCCUUCAUCAUAUUGAACAAAGCUUAUCAUUUAUUUGUACUAUUUGGUGUCAACCAGAAGUUUCCCUUAGAAUCUGUUUUUUCCUUCCUUUAACCUGAACAAUGAUCAGCUAAUUAAACACAGAUUCACAUUUAAAACACAUGUUUUUAAUGAACAACCACCAAACACACACAAAACUGUUCUUUAAAACAGAGAACAGAAAUAACAAACAGAGACUGUUGUGCUAGUUAUUGUAGAGGUUUGUGGUUUGUUCUCAGUGUUCAGCUCUCCAUCUCACACAGUAAAGGGGAAGUGGUGAUGGACGACUACACGGCAAAAUCAUUCCUUCAUACUUUAACACAAGGCCUGUGAAAUUUCUAAAGUACUAAAAUCUGCAGAAUCUAAUCGAAAUGUUAAGGCAAAGACACAAAUCUCCAGAUGUAGAUCAUAUAAAAUAUUAUUAUACUCAUUUAAAAUUUCACAUGUAAGAAUGAAACCUGUGACAUCAUGGCUACCUGAGGGUGUACAAACUUAUGAUCACUUCAGUGUUCAGUUCUAAUGAACUUUACUGAAAUUACACUCUUACUUGUUAGAAUUCUUAGAUAUUGUAAAUGUAAUCAAACAAAGAGGAGAGAAUUUUAAACCUUAUUUCCACUAAAUAGAUCUAAAACGUUUCAUACCAAUCACACGUCUCCAUUGGUGAGAGAAAAGUGUGUAGUGAGCGUGUAGAGACUGAACACACUGAGACAGGACUUCCGCCCAGCGCUCUGAUGAAUGUGGGACAGUAAAGACGCUAAACUAACAGUAAGGGAAGGUCGUGAACAGCAGCAACACAACUGCACUGAACACAACGUUCUUCACUGAUAAUGACGUCGAGGAGAAACAGGAACAUGCUGGUGAAUAUUGUAGCAGAAAUCAGGACUCUCAGGACUCUUCUUCUCCUGCUGUGCUGUUUACUGUGUGAAGCUGGAGACGAGACGGUCACACUGCAGGAAGUGGAAGGAACCACUAUAACUCUCCAUACUGGGAUAACUGGGAUUCAGAGUGAUGCUCAGAUUCUGUGUUUCUAUGGACCUGAGAAAGCAGAGGAAAAGAUAUUGACUAGUCCAGUAUUUAAAGGACAGAGAGAAAUCAGUGAGAGAUUUAAAGAGAGACUGCAGCUGGACAGAAUCAGUGGAGCUUUAACCAUCAGGAACAUCAGCAGAACUGAUUCUGGAGUUUAUUUAUUACAAGUCAUCACUGGACGUCUCUCAUCUAGGACUUUCAGUGUGAGUGUUUAUGCUCCAGUAUCAACUCCAGUAAUAAUAAAUGAAAGAGGAAACCGAAGUGUGAUUUCCACAGAGUCGUGUUUCCUCCUGUGUUCUGUGGAGAAUGGAGAAGAUGUGAAGUUAUCCUGGUACAGAGAGAAUGAGAGAAUCUCCAUCACCAAUAACACAGAUCUCAGUGUUCCCCUCAAUCUCCCACUUCAAAUACAACACAAUGACAUUAACACUUACAUCUGUGUGUCUGCAAACCCUGUCAGCAAUAAAACAACUUCUCUCAUCAUCACACAGCUCUGUGACGUCUCAGACAAAUCUGAUGAUUCUCCUUCACUGCUUCCUGUCCUGAUAUCAGCUGGAGUUUUCCUGCUACUAAUACUAACAGGAUUUGUGUGGAUUUGGCUAAAAAGGAAAAACAACAAGCUCCUAAAGAAACUUGAGGAAGUGACUUUCACUGAGGUGACAAUUACAGCUCACAGUGCAGAGAGAGUUAAAAAGGAAGAAAAGUCCAGAAUACCAGAUGGUCAAGAGCUGAAUACCUUCGUGAUGUACUCAGCUGUGGAGACACUGACAUAAUUCAGUACAUAUUUAUUUAUCAAAAAGAACUUUACAUGAUAAUUAAUUAAUUUCUUUUAUAGGUCACUGAUCUAUAAUUCAUUUAUAUUUAAUAACGUUUGAAUUGUAGAGUUUGGAUUAAAAAUAAUUAACAUUCUCGAUCUGUGUACUUCAUUAAACUACAAAUAAAAACAGUUUACUCUUCAA